AUGCCCAGGCACCGUUUAGAUCCACAUUCAGAUCCAGUUCGGUGUCUGCUGAGGAUGGCGUCGUGGUGGACAGUUGUCUUGAUUCUCCAGAUUGGUGCACUGUGGGAGUACACAGGUGCCACGUCUUGCACGACCGACGACACGUGCUACUCGUCUCUGCAUGUGGCAGGCACGUGCACGAGUGGGGUGUGUGACUGCGAGAGUGGUUUGGUGUCGACACGGACAGGAUGCAUUGGUGAGGUCAUGCCUAAAAUAGAUGUGCUUCCAAAACUCGGGCCAUCAACCACAGAUAGCUACGCAACAAUGAGUAUAGGAAGCGGAGAAGUGUUGGUAGGGAAAGACAUCAAACUUGUAUGUAACCCAAACUAUGGGGACGGGACGUUCGUAUGGACAAAAGAUAACACGCCAUUGACUGACAAAAUCAACAGUGAACUCAUUUUGACAAGUGUGAUAACUGCCAACACUGGAGACUACAGGUGUAAGAUAAAAUUUACCACCGGAGACUUCGAGACAGCCUUCAGCGCACCUGUGAAAGUUUCAGUCAUUGAUGGUGUUGCUACAAACUUUGCGAUAGCACCUCAGGUGGUUGGCAUGCCUGCACGUGCAUUCGCUGGCGCUACUCUCAACCUAAAGUGCGUCAACAUCCCAUCUGGACUGACCUUGACCUACCAAUGGUUCGUGGGUGGGGCUGUGGCGUUGGGGUCAUCUGGCGAUUCCUUAUCUGUAGCAACUCCCUCUACAGCUACAAAAUACAAAUGUGUGAUCAGUACAACUGACACGAUCAAACCUACGGGACUUCCCGCAACCAGCGCGGAGGUCACCUCACCUACCAUAGCAUCCGCGAUAGCUGGAGUUUUCUUGUCGAACAUGGACCCUAGUAACCCACCAGCAGACCCGAAUGGACCCAGACCUGACGUCCCUCCAAUAGCCUAUGCUGAAGCUGGCAGUACUGUGACGGUCUUCUGUGCGAUCAAUGACACGGAUCUCAUUGUUUCAGCAUCCGAUAUCACUAACUACGUGUGGAAGAAGAAUGGGUCACCUAUUACCGGCAAGAACACAGUAUCAUUUACAACGAACAGUCUUUCAGACUCAGACAAUGGAGCCUACACAUGCAGUGCUACGGUGAAAGGUGUUGUGUACACGUCUAAGUCUGUGCAGCUUGUUGUUGAACCUAAGCUAAUAGAAAGAGUAACUAUUGAUGUGUAUCCAACCAAACCAGUUCUGGGGGGAUUUGUCUACAUGUACUGUCUAGUCAGGACAACUGACCCUCGAAGAGUGACCUACACGUGGAAAAAAGGAGGCAAUACUUUGUUUAACAUCACUGAUGAGGCCCUACAGAUCAAUGGACUAACAGCUGCUGAUAAUGGUGUCUAUAGUUGUGAGGCUAGAGUCGGAUUGGAUUCAGACUCAAAUACAUACACACUUAAUGCUAAAAACUUGACCACUGAGACACCUGUGGUGACGUCAGAUUGCGAAAACGAUCUGUUUGGUGUGGGAAACACGUACACGCUGACCUGUGGAGAAGACUACGACUUCCCUUACCUGACUUACAGGUGGUAUAUAGGGGGAUCAAAAGUGCCAGACAAAACCUCACUGAACUAUGAGAUAACUGUGAAACCAGGGACAACCAAAUACACGUGUGAUAUUACACUGGGCUCCGACAUAUCCAAGACCAGCAGUGACCUCACGGUCGUGGCUAAACAAAUGAUAGAUAUAGUAGUCAACGUGGGCCCUGUUGAGCUGGACUCAGCCCAGCAAUACCAGCCAGUUACUGGCACCAACGCCACACUGACCUGCCUCGCCACCACAGCAGACGGUGCAUCAGGUGCACCCACCUACAAAUGGGAAAAGGGCGCAACCCUCUUGUCAUCAACAUCCGGACUCACCGUUGCUGUUACUGCUACGGUUGAUGGCGUGUAUAAGUGCACUGCUACCAUGGGAGAUGAGACUUUAACAGUCACUGUGAACGUUGCACACUCAGAUAAUAUUCAAACACCAACAAUAAACACAACAGCAGAUACCUAUGAUGCAGAUAGUAAGGAAUCGUACAGCGAGGGAGCUGACUAUGAACUAACAUGUGAAACAGCAUCGUACAGCCCUGAUAUGCAGUAUGUCUGGACCAAAAACUCUGUCACUGUUGGUACCAGUAGAGUCUACAAGAUAACAAAUGCCAACAAAACACCAGCAACUGGUGACUCUGGUACCUACAUAUGUACUGUCAAAUUGGGAGCUAAAUCAGCAACUAGUGCAGCUAAAAGUAUCACUAUUGGAGCAAAGGGUCAACCUUGUCAAUACACGGAUGACUGUGAUGGUGAGGAGUUUCGCAGUGUGUGUGAAAAAACCGCUGUGUGUGUGCUACUGGCUACACACAAGAGAGAAACACAUGUUCUGGACAAGGAAUAGUGACCAUCUCUAUGCUUCUACUUGUAUUGUGUGGGCUCAUCAAACUGAUCCUGUAACUGAACAACAGAGGACAAAAUACAGUCUAAU